UACCGGUCGAAUUUCUCCAGCGAAACUAUCUGUCCCAGCAAAAGCUCAAUCCGUCUCUGUUCCGGACGUUGUUUAAAGAUUCAAUUUGAGAUCAAAUUGGUUUUCGUGGAUUGGAAGAAUCCGGCAAUUGAAUUGAAAUAUUCUGUUCGCCCCUACCGCAACAACGCCAUUGUUCUUGCGUCCCUUUCAACAUAUUUCCGCAUGGCGCACAACAUUGAGAAGCCCGCGGUCGAAACCGACGUACGCGAAAUUGAGAAUGAAUCGCUGCGAUCACCAACAUUGCGCCCAUCUCCCGUCCGGGAGCCAUCUGCCCUUCUUCAUACAAAAGCCUCCGAUGACAGCUUAGCAUCGAACAAUCUAUCGCGAUGCACCACCACAAAAGAUGAUGAGACCGGUCAGGAAAAUCCCUUUUCGGCCUUCUAUUGCCAUCCUACCACGCGUUGCUCUUUCGAGCAACAAAGAUCGGAAAGCAAACUUGUUUUGGCUCACUAUGAUCUGGAGGCCCAACCAUCUCUGCCCCCUUCGCCCGAGAGACAGCCAAAGGAAUGCACCAUGUGGCCAGGCCGCCAGACCAUCAAGGAUAGAGCUAAGCUGGAGAAGAAAAAGCGAGAGUUCCGUCUCUUCAGGAAGCUGAGCAAGAAACAAAUCAUCUGGAUCAAAGUCGUCAUUGCAUUAUUUAUCAUUGCCCUCGCUGUGGGACUUGGCCUCGGAAUCUCCAAGGCCGUUGGAGGCGGCAUCUGGAAAAGUGGCUCCUAGUCUUUGUCAGACUGUGGAAGGCUCUCGGUUUAUUAAUUUUUCUUUCUUCUCGCAGGCCAGAUGCAGUUUUGUUUUUCUUUGGAUACCAGCUGGUAAUAUUCCUCAGUGGAUUAUUUUGGCAUUUAUACUUUUAUUUUCUUCUUCUUUCAUC